GCUUUGGCUUCAGACAGCAGCAAGAAGAACACGAAGCAGCAGCAGCAGCAGGUAGAGGACAAACUACUGGAAGAAGACAGAAGUAACAGAAGAAGGAGUCUCCUGAAUGGCACAGGUGCAUGCUGGGACGUGCGGCGGAGACAUGGAGAGGUCGCAGCGUGACGUGAAGGGGAAGACGAAGAGGAAGAGGAGGAGGAGGUGUAAAGGCAAAGAACGAGGCAACGUGUUAUCGACUCUCAUCAAUCCCAUAAGUCACUGCGAUGCCGGAGUAUCAUCCGCUGAGGAUGCAGACAAUUCAAGUACGAGCAGUCUGGAGGUGAAAGAGAACCGUGAUGAUGGCGGCCAGCUCGACGGCCAGCUGCUGCGGAGGUAUCGCCCGUCGGCCUUCUGCACGGCUUUCCCCAAGCGCGGGCCGAGGGCCCCCAAGAGGAAGCGGCUCCACCAAAGCCACCCGACCUGCAAGAGAGCGGCCUGGGCGGCGGCUCGCAAGAACGCGCUGGUGCAGCUGAACGAGCUGCGGCCCGGUCCGCGGUACGAGGUGGCGUCGAAGACGGGCCCCCCGCACGCCCCGGUGUUCUCCGUGGCCGUCGAGGUCAGCGGCUUCCGCUUCGAGGGCCGAGGGCCCACCAAGAAGCAGGCCAAGAUGAGGGCCGCGGAGCUGGCCCUGCGCUCAUUCGUCCAGUUCCCCAACGCCUCCCAAGUUCACGCCUCCCCGCCCCGCCCCACCGGCGCUCCCUCGGACUUCACAGUGGACCAGCUGGAGCCCCCCGGCGCUUUCCUCGGGGAGUUCGAGCUGCGCGAGAGCUGCGACCUUCCGCACCGCAACGCGGCGAAGAAAGAGCUGUUCUCCAGCGUUUACGGCCACAGGCGAGUCGUCCGCCUGGCGCUGGACUUCACCUCCAGUCGCCCGAAGAGACGGCCCGCCGGCGCCGCGGUGCCCGAGCGGCUCAGCCCGGUGGCGCUGCUCAGCGAGCUGCGACCGGGGAUCAGGUACACGUGCCUGACGGAGAGGGUGCACGGCCGGCCGGCGAGGAGCUUCGUCAUGGUGGUCCGGCUGGAGGGGAGGGUGUUCGAAGGGUGUGGUCACAGUAAAAGGUCGGCCAAGGCGCGGGCAGCCGGCGCCGCCCUGCAGUCCGUUUACGGCAUCGGUCUGGGACCGGAGAGGAAGGUCACGGGUCUCCAACACCAGCUACCUCAGUUCUUCGCAGAGUCAAUCUUCCAGCUGGUGGAGGAGAAAUACUCGGAGCUGAGGCACGGACGCUCCUCCACCUCCCCGUACGCCCGCCACAAAGGCCUGGCAGCGGUCGUAAUGACCAGAGGAUUUGACCUGAGGUCGUCGCGGGUGGUGUCUCUGGCCACCGGGACUAAGUGUCGGGACUCGGACGGCGUCGGCGACCGCGAGGGUACGCUCAGCGACUGCCACGCCGAAGUCCUCAGUCGGAGGGCGCUGGUCCGAUUCCUGUACGCUCAGCUGGAGCUGCUGCUCUGUGAGCCGGCAGACUGUGAGGAACAAUCCAUCUUCGUCUCAAAUACAGCCGGUGGCGGCUUCCGGCUGCGGGACGGCGUCUUCUUCCACAUGUACGCCAGCUCGUCGCCGUGUGGAGACGCUCGACUCAACUGCCCCCACGAGACCACGGCUGCAUAUCCCAGCAGGAGGUUCCACUGUCACCUCAGGGUGAAGGUGGACGGAGGCGAGGGAACGCUGCCCAUCACAGCGCGGGGGGCCAAUCAGAACCCUCAACCUCUCGUCACCAUGUCCUGCACCGACAAGAUCGCAAAGUGGAGUGUUGUGGGCCUCCAGGGGGCGCUCCUGUCUCACCUGGUGGAGCCGGUCUACCUGCACAGCCUGACGGUGGGGACCCUCAGCCACACGGGUCACCUGGGCCGGGCCGUGGCCCGCCGCCUCGCUCCCGUCAGGCGCCUCCCGUUCCCGUACCGCCGGCAGAAGCUGCUGCUCGGCUGUACGUCCAACAUGGUUCCCACAUCUUUAGUAGUUAGAUUACAAGCCAAUAAACUGCCGAUAACACACGCGGCCACGGUGCUUUAAUUAGGUGUAGAUUCUGUUUUUUGACUGAAGUAACUAAGAUACAAA